CCAGACCGACCGGCCAGCUGUGAGAGCAGCCGCGGGGAAAGGGGAAGUUGUAGUCAACCUGGAUGUGGCCGACACGGGUGGUGGACGCGGUGCUGACUACACGGAGGGGACGACGUGAGUUGGGCGAGUGAGUGGGAAGCAGCAUGGAGCCCCCGGCCACGUCCAAUGGCUCAUGCGAGAACACCACGAAGAUCGAUGGAAAUGCCGGGCCAGCCAUGAGCGCCGUCAUGUUCGGCGCCGGGGUGCUGGGCAACUUACUGGCCCUGGCCGCUCUCGCCGUCCACAAGCGUAAUUCCAGGAAUAAGAUGUCCCUCUUCUACAUCUUGGUGAGCAGUCUGAUCACCGCCGACCUAGUGGGAACACUGAUCAUCAGCCCCAUGGUGUUGACCGCCUACUCCCGGGGCCGGACACUGGAGGAUCUCCAGCUCUGCAACUACUGCGCCUUCGCCUUAUCUUUCUUCGGUCUGUCCUCGAUGUUCAUCCUCUUCGCCAUGGCCCUGGAGCGCUGCCUGUCCCUCAGCUGCCCCUACUUCUACCAGCGACACAUUAGCAACCGCUGCGGGCUGGUGGCCGUGCCCGCCAUCUGCAUCUUCUGCCUGCUCUUCUGCGCGCUGCCGCUGCUCGGCUUCGGACUCACCGCGCAGUAUUGCCCCGGCACUUGGUGCUUCAUCAAGAUGGGGGUUUGGGGAGAGGAGACCAAACACCGCGUCUACUCGCUGUCCUACGCCGUGCUGUUGAAGGUCCUCAUCGUCUCCACCCUCCUCUGCAACGUCUCGGUCAUCUUCAACCUCUGCCGCAUGUACCGGAGGCACAAGUCCCGCAGGCACUCCACUGUGUCCGGGGCAAGGCGGCGUGACUUCUCCCAGUCUGAGGAGGUCCAGCACCUGGCUCUGCUCGCCAUCAUGACCACCACCUUUGUCAUCUGCUCGGUGCCCAUCACGAUCCGUGCAUACAUCGGAGCAUUUUACGUUGUCAAAGACCGCGAAAGUGAUCUCCUGGCUCUCCGUUGUUUAUCUUUUAAUUCGAUAAUUGACCCGUGGGUUUUUAUUAUUUUCAACACAUCAACAUCUAAAAGGAUAUUGUCCAGGAUAUUGUGCUGUAAAUCCACUUCCAAUAGACAAUAUUCACAUGCCACCACUUUCAAAAAGACUGAAACAAUCGCACCAGAGCCACUUUUUGACAGGCAUUCCUGAUACUUGAAUUAUGUUGAAGGUGUUUUCAAAAUUUUAAUAAUAACCCUUCUCUGUCCCUUUGAAUGAAAGAUGCACUUAGUAUCAUGUUAUGGGAUUUGACAGAACAAUUUGCUUUACACUAUUCAAAGGUUCAAAGGUUCUUUAUUAGUCACAUACACCAAUUGGUGUAGUGAAAUGUGUAUUGCCAAUGCAGCACAUAUAAAAAGA